GAGAGAGACAGAGAGAGAGAGAGAAAGAACGUUCAGUAUCGUCGCACUCUGUACCUAAAGACCAAUAUUUUCUGAGAAGCUCUUUACCUCAGGGCCUCGGCACAGACGCCGAAAUUUGACGACGGUGACACAGGACUUAGUGUCAGGGUUAAGCUAGCGAAUUCUUUAAAGGAGACUGUGACAAGUAGCAGAUUUUCCGUUGGACGGUCUGUAGGCUAGGGUAUAGCGAGGGAGCCGCCAUGGCAGUCGGAUCAUUGAGCCUCCACAUCGGGAUAUGAAGAGGAACUGCAUGUGUCCCGAAUCAGAAAGAAAAGACCACAUUUGUCUUUGAUCCGUGUUGGAUCAACAUUUGUACUAACCUGUCUUCAUCUUUGUGGAAUUCACCCAGAAAAUAUCGCAAUUGGUUUUAACAGAGGGGCCACAGGGAGAGGCCAGAUUCAUGACUAUUUUAGUCGGAGACGUGUCUUCUCAGGCCCGUUGAAAGAAAACCUGGAAUAUAAGGAGGAAAUGAUGCUCUGAUUGACCGUCGGUGGCAAAGAACGGUUAGUUUAUUAGGUGAUAUAAAGUAUUGUGAAGGAUCUUUGGGAGAAAGGGGUCUUUUCUGCCUGCCUUUUUUUGAGUCAUAGUAGUAUUAAUUUACUGCCAUCCCUUUUGGAUGAGAAGGUUCGGCAAAUCGAUCAGCCCUGCCGUUUAGCAAGUCGCAGUCUCCGUGUCGAGAGAAUCUAAGGGAUUGGAUCAUGUCGGGUCGGCCUAGGACCACAUCCUUCGCAGAGAGCUGCAAACCAGUGCCGCAGCCUUCGGCUUUCGGCAGCAUGAAAGUCAGCAGAGAUAAAGAUGGCAGUAAGGUAACAACAGUUGUGGCCACCCCGGGCCAAGGUCCUGACCGACCCCAGGAGGUGAGCUACACGGACACCAAGGUCAUCGGCAACGGCUCUUUUGGUGUUGUCUACCAAGCUAAACUCUGCGACUCUGGAGAACUAGUAGCCAUCAAGAAGGUCCUGCAAGACAAGAGAUUUAAGAACCGUGAGCUGCAGAUCAUGAGGAAGUUGGACCACUGCAACAUAGUUCGCCUACGCUACUUCUUCUACUCCAGUGGAGACAAGAAAGAUGAAGUGUAUUUGAAUCUGGUUCUGGACUAUGUCCCCGAGACUGUCUACAGAGUGGCAAGACACUACAGCCGAGCCAAACAGACGCUGCCUAUGGUUUAUGUCAAGUUGUACAUGUACCAGUUGUUCAGGAGCCUGGCCUACAUCCAUUCGUUUGGGAUCUGCCAUCGGGACAUCAAGCCCCAGAAUCUGCUGCUAGACCCAGAGACGGCUGUACUCAAGCUCUGCGACUUUGGCAGUGCAAAGCAGCUGGUCCGUGGAGAGCCUAAUGUGUCCUACAUCUGUUCUCGCUACUAUCGAGCCCCUGAGCUCAUCUUUGGUGCCACUGACUACACCUCCAGCAUAGAUGUAUGGUCAGCUGGCUGUGUACUGGCAGAGCUGUUGCUAGGACAACCAAUCUUCCCAGGCGACAGUGGAGUGGAUCAGUUGGUUGAAAUCAUCAAGGUUCUUGGCACCCCAACCAGGGAGCAGAUCCGUGAGAUGAACCCCAACUACACCGAGUUCAAAUUCCCCCAGAUUAAGGCACAUCCAUGGACUAAGGUGAGUCAACAGGUCUUCCGGCCUCGUACGCCUCCAGAGGCGAUCGCCUUGUGCUCCCGCCUGCUGGAGUACACGCCCACGGCUCGCCUCACCCCUCUAGAGGCCUGCGCACACUCCUUCUUUGACGAGCUGCGCGACCCCAACGUUAAACUGCCCAACGGGAGAGAAAAGCCCUCUCUCUUUAACUUCACCACCCAGGAGCUAUCUAGUAAUCCCUCUUUGGCCUCCAUACUCAUCCCUGCUCACGCCCGCAGUCAGGCCGCCGCCUCAACCCCAACCAACGCGUCUGCCACCACAGAUGGCAGCAGCACAGAGCGAGGUCCCAGCACCACCACCGCCUCAGCCUCGGCCUCCAACUCCACCUCCUGAACUCACAGGCCACCUGCCCUGCCCCGGUCUCAGCCCCAGCCUACAGCCUCUCCAUUGCACCGGCCAGGGGGUGAGCUCCGCUCAGCUCUGCUCCUGCCCUGCUCUCCUCCCUGAUGGCGGCGCAGCGAUGCUGAGGCAGCCCGGGGUCAACAGCUAAACAACAGCCCCAUGCCAUGACCGUUAACCAAGCACCCUAACCCCUGUCUUUUCUCCCCACCUGGCCUCCUCGUAGAGCUGUUUGAACUCUUCUCCAUCCUCCGUCAGUGACAUCUCUCUGUGCCCUUUUUAACAGGGAAGCAAAGUGCAGGGCCAGAGCUGUUGCCGACUGUUCUAUUGACAAAAGUACACUGUACAUGUAUACACAAAGCUAGCCUGCUAAUGUUUGUAAGAGGACAAUCUGUAGAAAAGUCCUUUGCUGUUCCCUUUGGCCCUUUCCACUUGCAUCCCCACCUCCUCCUCCUCUGGUUCCUUCUGUAGUGCAUGACCCGAUUACAGUAGGAUCAACCAGAGGCCGGGGGGUGAUCAAACCCGAUCAUUCCCUCCCAGCGCCACCUCCGCAGACAAGGCAUGAGGCUCACGCACACCUAUACACGCACUCAGACACACGCACAUCCUCACACACUUGGAUGCAUGAUGAUCCUGAUGUAUGCAGAAAGAUGCAGUCCUUUUGGGUAAUGGAGGGGAAUGUUUGGGCAGUUCUUUUUUUUGUCUGGGGUGUUUUUAAAUGGUUAGCAAUCUGUUUUACUCAAAUUGCUUUUAUUUUAUUUGAUUUUGUACUCCUGGGCAGAUGUUUUUGGACGUGCAAUGGAUGUGACAUGUCUCUGAUCCUGUGUGGUUGUAUAAUAUAUACAUACAAUACAAACCAACAUGCAUACAUACAGUUUAUAUAUUACUUUUCCUUAUGUAUAAAAAGUAUAUAUAGAUAUAUGUAUAUUAACUACAAUGGUUCAGAAAUCAUUUAUGGUGAGCUCAUAUCUGGCAGAGCAGCGGCAAUAUUUGCUGCUGCCUAAAGACAAUAGAGUAAGAUAAGGUGGUGUUUUAUUUUUGUCGUAUUCUUUUCUUGCUGGAGUGUGGUUAGAUUCCAGCAACCUCUUGUGUUGCGUGUUAUUACGGCUGUAGAUGGAUUUAGGGCACCGCUCUACUUCUCCGUCAUCGACUGUCUGUAACAGAACAUCUGUGACAGGGCAGCGUCGGACGAACACGCUCUCCUACCCGCAUCCUCAUCCUUUCUCUUCCAGAAGAUCAUGCUUUUCUCUUCUCAACUCUUUUAGGAGUCCUGGCGGUGGUCUUUGGUGCACCACUCGCCCGUCACGUGCUGUGACCACUGACUGAAGUGUUAGCCUAGCGUCCUCUUCCACCCUCUCCUUCACAUGCAGCAGAGCACAUAGAACCGCUCGGUACAGUCUGUCAAGAUCGUCUAUAUUUACAGAGAAUACUCACUACAUAAAAAAAAAGGAAAAAUAAAAAAUAAAAAAAAAAACUCAAUUUGUAUAUACAGUAUAAAUGCUCCUCACCAAAUUCUGACUUGUAUGACUUGUAUGUUGUUUUUUAUGUUAUGUUGAUUAUUUUUCCAUGUUGUGUUCAAGGUAUGUAUAUACGCAGACCCAUGUACUGUUUAUGAGCAAAAACAAAGACGACAAAUGGGAAGGGGGGGGGAAAAAACCAGAAUCAGGGGUAAACUGAUGUUGUUUAUGGAUAUUGUUGAUGAUGAGCUUUAUCCAGCCAUAUGUUCAAUCUUACCUGUACAGUACAGUAGAUGAAAGCUGUAUUAUUGUAACAAGAACUAGUCAUGUAUAGUGUAACUAUAGUUUGGAGUGCCUUUGCUUUCAUACACCUUCGCCUUGUGUCCACCCUCACCCAGCCCCUCCCCCACCAUUACCUUACCUGAUAUCGUGACUCUCCCUUUGGUGCUGUUGAAUGUCCCGCUACACACACACACUUGUCUUUCAUCUUUACCCUUUUCUCAUAUAUAUAUAUAUAUAUAUAUAUAUACAUAUAUAUAUAUAUAUAUAUAUAUAUAUGUAUAUAUAUUUGUUCAUUGUAAGGAUCAUUUAUUUUCCUUAACUGAGGAUACACUAGACAGGUGUUUAUUUUAGAUGUUUUAUCUUGGACACAUGUAUUGUGGGGUGUUGUGGAUGGCAGCAGAGGUUUAGAAAAAAGGCUUCAUGUACUGUAUGUAUACAAUACAGUAGAAUCUCUGUAUCACUUACAGUAUUGGUUCUGUUACCAAAGCCAAACUAUGAUGUAGUCGUGAUGAGCCAAUCCUCAGAUGCAAUAACUCUCCUCGUCUCUUCUGUGUCUGGAUAUUUUGUUUCUGUCCACUUUGUUUUUUUGGUCCUCCUGGGCUGCAUGUUCUGGUAGGUGAAUUCAGUAGCACCUAAAGUGGUCGAGUCAUGUAGCCUUUUUCCUGUCUCCUGCUUGCUGUAAUUUUGCAUUCAUGAACUUGUUGCUAUCCUCCACCAGGUUUGACCACUUCACCCUACCCUUAACUCCCAGUUCAAUAAAAACACCAGACUGGUUACCAAAAAAGAAGUAUAAAUACUAGUAUCACAUAGCAUACUAGCAUAUAUACUAGUAGAACAACUGGGUUUAACUGGGGUUAAAGAAAAAAAAAUUUAAAUACUACAAAAACAUCCUGUAUAACAGUACUACUACUUGAAUGCCUCCGUUUGUGACUGAAAUUUUUAUUUCAUUAGUUUUAUUUUUGUUCUUUUUGUUUCUUUUGUUCUGUGAAGGUAUGCUAAAUGUGCGCCUCUGUAAAUAUUCCCUCUGCGUGCUCCGAGGAAUAGUUCCCUGGUACUGUAAUUUGCAUUAAAUAAAGAGUAGGAUAGCCUGGAAAUGAUCAAGAAAA